CUUCCGGCACACAGGAGUUCAUGUGUGUGUCUCGCGCUCUGAAGUCAACUAUUUGCGUUAUAUUCAGUUAAUAUGCAAUAAAUAGCUUCAAAUUAACCACCUGGAACCUGCAUCAGCUGAUCGGACGGACUGAGCAGCUGUGAGCCGAAAUGUCGUUAUUAUGGAGCCUGAGACCAGCGCUGACGUCACUGCUGCAAGUGUCCCAGCAUGCAUCUGGCUGGUCUGGCCCCGUCCUCUCCAGAUCGAUGGCCACCCUCAACCAGAUGCACCGCAACGGUAAACCCAAACAACCUCCCAAAAGCGUCGGCGCCACUUUCGGCCGCCCGCAGAUGAAGGCGGUGAUCCUGAAGACCAUGAUCCGAAAACCCAAGAAGCCCAACUCUGCCAACAGGAAGUGCGCUCAGGUGCGGCUGUCUAACGGGAAGGAGGCGGUGGUGUUCAUCCCCGGCGAGGGACACAACCUGCAGGAGCACAACGUGGUGCUGGUGGAAGGCGGCCGCACGCAGGACCUGCCCGGCGUCAAACUCACCGUGGUCAGAGGGAAGUACGACUGCGCUCACGUGGUGAAGAAGAAACAAUAGAGACGAUGGUGUGAUGAAAGUGUUUGUCUGUGUGUGUGUUUAAUAAAUGUGUCAAUGAUUGUUU